AUGAAUCAGCAUCAGAGGGUCACGGCGCACUUCUACAAGCAUCAGGUGUGGUACUUGCAGUUAUUGGGCAUCUGGGCCCUGCCCAGCUCGGCCACAGAGCAGCAGCGUCGCUGGCAUCUGCUACGAUUUUGUGUGAUCUUUGUCAUACUCAGCGGCAUGUUGCUGCUGUUCGCCAUGGAGCUGGUUAGCAGCAUUUCCAAUCUGCGGGCAAUACUCAGAGUGUUCUUCAUGUUUGCCACGGAAAUGUCCUGCAUGACCAAAUUGAUGCACCUGAAGCUGAAAGGUCGCAAGCUGGCCGGCCUGGUCAGCAUGAUGGAAUCCUCGCGUUUUGCAACCAAAAGUGAACAGGAGCAAAAACUCAUGGAGGCGGGCAGGGUGUCGGUGGUUAACUUGCGGAAUCUGUACGGCGUGUCGUCCAUAGUGACUGCCACCUUGAUUCUCGUUGUUCCCUGCUUUGCGGGUUACACGGAGCUGCCGCUGUCCAUGUACGAGCUGUGCAGCAUUGAGGGUCGCGCCUGCUACUGGGUGUUGUUCCUCACUCAUGCCAUCUCGCUGCUGCCCACGUGCUGCCUGAACAUAGCCUUCGACUCGGUGGCGUUCAGUCUGCUCACGUAUCUGCGUGUCCAGGUGCAGAUGCUCGUGCUGCGACUGCAGAAGUUGGGACCGGCUGACGGUCCGCUGGAUAAUCAGCGCAUUAACAGGGAGCUGCGCGAGUGCAGCGCCUACUACAACAACAUUGUGCGGCUCAAGGACCUCGUGGAGAUGUUCAUCAGAGUGCCUGGCUCCGUGCAGCUGAUGUGCUCGAUUCUGGUGUUGGUGUCCAACCUGUACGACAUGUCCACCAUCUCGAUUGCCAAUGGCGAGGCCAUCUACAUGACCAAGACGUGCAUCUAUCAGCUGGUCAUGCUCUUGCAGAUCUUCAUCAUCUGCUACCCCUCCAACGAGGUCACAAUCCACAGCUCACGCCUUAGCCACAGCGUCUACAUGUCCCAAUGGACCACCUGGGACAAGAGAAAUCGUCAAAUUAUUCUGCUGAUGAUGCAGCGGCUGGACUCACCGCUUUGCUUGCGCACACUUAAUCCCACAUUCACUUUCAGUCUGGAGGCGUUUGGUUCUAUUGUGAACUGUUCCUACAGCUAUUUCGCACUGCUGAAGAGAGUUAACAGUUAGAUUUGGAUUGUUUAAAUUGAUAUAAUUAGAAAUGCU